AUGCACCCUGUUAGCAGAGAAUUAUCUGGCGGGAACAGCAUCAGCUCGCUGCUCAACAACCACCAAAUCUCACCCCUCGCCGGAUUGCAGCCGGAGAAUCCCCAAUUCGAUCCGGCCGCCGCCUCCCACGACGAUUUCCUCGAGCAGAUGCUCUCCUCCGUGUCCUGCUCGGCCGCCUUCCCCUGGGAUGACGGCCACGCGCCGCCGCAACUGGAGGACCGGUCCGCGGCGGCGCUGGCGUCCAGGCUGCGGCAGCACCAGAUCGGCGGCGGUGCGGCCAAGGCGUUGAUGCUCCAACAGCAGCAGUUUCUUCUCUCGAGUGGUCUAGCCGCGGCCGGUGGAGACGACGGCGCGCUCUUCUCCAUGCCCAACGGCGACCAAAUCGACGUUAACUCGUUCAAAUCUAUUAACACGGCAAAUGAUGCAUCGGUUAAAGCUCUAUUCAAUGGCUUCGUCGGAUCCAUGGAUCAAACUGCAAAUCCGCCUCAGCAGUUUCACCAUCCUCAGGCCCAGAGUUUUGGUGCCGCCGAGGCAGCGGCGGCGCCGGCCAUGAACCAACCAGCUACGAGCGGCGGAGGAGCAUCUGCCUCCGGCGGACAGCCGCGGCAGAAGGUGAGAGCUCGGAGAGGACAAGCGACUGACCCUCACAGCAUAGCUGAAAGGUUACGGAGAGAGAGGAUUGCGGAGAGAAUGAAGUCACUGCAGGAGCUCGUACCGAAUGCCAAUAAGACUGACAAAGCCUCAAUGCUGGAUGAGAUCAUCGACUAUGUUAAAUUCCUCCAGCUCCAAGUCAAAGUUUUGAGCAUGAGCAGAUUAGGAGGUGCUGCAGCUGUUGCCCCUUUGGUUGGUGAUAUGUCCUCUGAGGGAAAGAGCGGCAACGGGACACACACGACAUCAUCAUCUAACAACAACAAGAACGAUGGAACGAGCAUAACAGAGCAACAAGUGGCGAAGCUGAUGGAAGAAGACAUGGGGUCCGCCAUGCAGUAUCUACAAGGCAAGGGCCUCUGCCUCAUGCCGAUUUCACUUGCCACCGCCAUUUCCACCGCCACAACCUCUAACUCUAGAAAACCCCCUCUUAUUAACAACAACAACAACAACAAUAUCGUCAGUAACCUAAUGAACACAGUGAACACGCACAGCCGAAGCUCGACUUCUCCUAACAUAUCGAUAUUGACCGGCCAGUCUUCCGCUCGAGAAACCUCCGUGAAAGAUGCAUCAUCCGUCUCCAUGUCUUGA